CGCAAAAUCUCUGGAAUCACGGAAAUGAGUAUUUGGUGAGCUCUUGGAGCUCCUUCUUUUCAUUUGGCUCUCACAGCCAAAUACAAAGAUGGAGUUAAGAAGACGACGCAAGGUACUCGUUGUAUUGUUGAGCUUUUGGCAAAGCCUCGCCGGUGCCGCUAAUACGACUUCGGAAGUGGCUAACCUGGGGAUAGCAGCUCAAGCAUGUUUAGCAACAGGUUUCUGGGAUUGUUCCUGUAUCAUGCUGGACUUUCAGUGUGGAUGUGAAUGCAGCAGAUUCUCUUCAGAUGUCAGAGCGUGCAUUGUGAACUCCUGCUCUCCGGUGCAACAGAAUCAAGCACUUAAUCUUUUUUCCUCAACAUGCGCAACCGCGACUAUUAUUACAACAUCAAUCAGUACAAAGCUAUCGAGCACAAGCUCCGUUAGCUCCAAAACAACCAGUUCCAUCUCGCAGAUGACUACUACCAGUAAAGGAACUAUACUCUCGAGUUCGAACUCAAAAGCAUCAGCCUCCCAAACGAUCACCCAGAGCAAAGCUACUGCGAGCAUUGCAAGUAACACCAAUACAAGCCCUACCAGCAUGGGUAGCGGAACGACAGGACUUAGUGUCAAGACAUACAGACUGAGCAGUACUUCAACAGGGACAAGCGAAAAUGGAGGCGUAUUCCCUAUACUUAUCUCUAGCAGCGACACUGGUCCUACAACAGCCGGAACACAAAGUACCUGGGGUCCAUAUAGAGGGAAUACGAGUGCAAUGGGGACAGCGACAGCAUGUUGGCAAGUGAGUGCAAGUGGGACAGCUCGGACAACUUGUGCGAUACAAGCGAACCCUUUCCAGGCCUCAGCUGGAAGCCUGGAGCCAGGACGUGUACUUGUGCCUAUGAUCUGGGGUAUUGGUGUAUUUGUAUUUUUGAAUCUUAAUUGAGAGUUUGAAUAUUCAUUGAAG